AUGCAUCUACCGUUUAUAAUUUUCGCAAUUUGUUCCGCCAGAGCAGAAGAAUCAGAUAAUAAGCCAGCUGAAUUUGCUUUUUAUCGAAAAGAUCAGCGGAUAAUCAAUGGAAUCGAUGUUGAUAUUUCCCAAUUACCAUGGAUGGCGCAGAUUAUUUUUGAAACAAGUGCUGGGACGGAACUUUGUGGUGGGGCGGUUAUUCAUGAGGAAUACGUCAUAACAGCUGCUCAUUGUUUGGAAAACCUCUCAAAAAGAAACCUCGAAGAUCUUUUCGUCGUCCUUGGCUCCACUGAAAUCUACUCCUCCGCCCCCAGAAGCAAGAGAAAACAAGUGAAGGAAGUCCAUGUCCAUGAGUACUACAACAACAGAAAAAUCAUCAACGACAUCGGAUUGUUGCGAAUUGAGCCAGCGGAGAAAGAUCUGGUUCCGAAAUUUAUCAAAAUAAAGGAGAGCGGAUCGGAGGAUAUUGGAAUCAACGAGGAGUGCAAAGUUGCUGGUUGGGGAAUGACGUCGAAUUUUGGAUCAAUCGCUCAACGCCUUCAAGCUGUUACAGUCAAUCCACUUACUCACGAAGCCUGUAACAAAGCCUGGAAGCCAAUCAAAAAAGCCUCUCAAUUUUGCGCCCUUGGCGACCGGCCUCGAAACAGCGAUGCAAACUCCGACAGCUGUCUGGGAGAUAGUGGUGGGCCGCUCUUCUGCCAAAUAGAUGGAGAAAUACAACUGGCGGGAAUCGUCUCUUUCGGCGGAGCUAAAUGCGGCGAUCCAAAGAAACCAGGAGUUUAUACGAGAGCGAGCUUUUUCGAGGAGUGGAUUCGAGAAAAAGUUCCUAUUCCAACAAGCGCUCCGAGCAUAGAGACAACAUCAACAACUUUGCUUGGACCAGAGUUGAUUGAUUCGAAAAAAGACGAUUUGGAAACGAAUUCCACCGAAGAAACAACAACUUUAACAACCGCAAACGAUUCGAAAAUGACUAUGAUUUCUAUUUUGCUGUAUGCUCUGAUGAGUAUUUGA